AUGAGCAAGUUUGUGACCAAACAGGGAAAACAGUUGCUGAGAAAUACCAUCCAAUCUACAAAUUCUCAGAAUAAGAUAUUGGAGCAAAAUCUGAUGUGGAAAGCGCAAGAGAAGAAAGACACAACUUCAUAUGAAAGGAGAAAACGGACAUUAGAAGAUCGAUAUUCUGAGGAUGAUCAUGACGGAGAUCAACCGCAAAGUAGCAACAGCAACUACUGGAUGAAGAAGCUAAUUAAAGAAGAGGAGAAACAUCCAGAGAGAUGGGGACACCACGGAUACAAGGAGCUCUACCCUAAUGACUUUGAAAGCGACAAAUCUGAAAGCGAUUCAUCAAGUGAACCAAAGAAGGAAAAGACUAAAAAGCGGAAGAAAAAGCUAAAGAAAGAAAAGAAAA